GAGCGUGCGUGCACGAGCACAAGAGCAGCGGCAAAAGGGUCCCAAACCAACGCAACCAAAACCCCAACCCCUCCUCACCGGUCACCAGCAACGGCGAGGACGCCCAACCAAAACCCACCAUGGCGCCACGCCUCGCUCGCCUUCCCUAGCUCUGUCCGCUCGACCCGUCUCGCUAUGCAACCAACCUGCAGCUGCCCAAGACUAGAUAGCUCCACUACGCACUCGCUCGCCUCACCACCAAAGAAGCCAGUAGCGAGCGAGCGAUGGAUCACUCCACGAAGCCAGCUGCUGCCCUCCCCGCGUCCUCGACACGGCGAUGGGUCCUCGCCACCUCCCUCUGCUCCCUCGCGUGCCUCUUCCUCCUCUCCGCCGGUCUAAUGCUCGUCGCCGCCGGGUACCGCCCGUUCCAGCCGGGCACGGCGGCGCCGUGGGACCGCUUCUCCAGGGUGCAAAGUGCCUCGCAUGCUGCCGCCGUCGCGCCGGCGCCAGACUCAUCGUCGUCAGACGCACUUGAUUUGGGCCACGAGGACGAGGAGGAUGCCGAGCCCCCAGCACCGGCCCCCGCGGCGGCGGAGGAAGCGGGGGACGACGACAGCGAGUGCGACCUGUUCGACGGGAAGUGGGUGGAGGAGCCGGUGGGUUACCCGCUGUACGGGGCCGCGGAGUGCCCGUUCCUGAGCGACCAGGUGGCGUGCCGCCGGAACGGCCGGCCGGACUCCGGCUACGAGCGGUGGCGGUGGCGGCCCAGGGGCUGCGGCGGCCGCACGAGGCUGGGCGGCGCGGAGGCCCUGGAGCUGUGCCGGGACAAGCGGCUGGUGUUCGUGGGCGACUCGCUGAACCGCAACAUGUGGGAGUCGCUCGCCUGCAUCCUCUACGCGGCGGUGCCGGACCGGUCGCGGACGCGCAUCGUCGACGACGCCGGCUCCGAGUACAGGAUCUUCCGCGCCAUGGACUACAAUUGCUCCGCGGAGUUCUUCUGGAGUCCGUUCCUCGUGAAGCUCGAAACAAAGAUCAACCAGACUAGGGCGCUGAAGCUGGACCAGCUGCCGGUCAUGCUGCAGAGGACCGUGCGCGCAGAUGUUCUCGUCUUCAACACCGGCCACUGGUGGACUCACACUAGCAAGCUCAGGGCGUGGGACCAUUUCGAGAGAGACGGGAAGAUGGUUGAGAUGGCAGGGGAGGAAGCCUUCAACAGAGCGCUGAGGACCUGGGCUAGGUGGGUCGACCGCAACAUAGACCCCAGCAGAACCAGAGUAUUCUUCCGGAGCGUCUCGCCUGAACACAAGAGUGUAAACUGGUGCUACAACCAGACGUCCCCAAUCUCCACUGGAACAGUAGCUCCAGGGUUUCCAAAAAGCCUGGUCACCAUUGUCGAGAGGAACAUCAAGAACAUGAGAACACCGGUCACAUAUCUGAAUAUCACCCACCUCUCAGAGCUCCGGAUCGACGCACACCCAUCGGUUUACACCAUCACUCGGGAAGGGAAACUGCUUAGCACAGAGCAGCAGCAGCAACCACUCACAUAUGCUGACUGCAGCCACUGGUGCCUACCAGGGCUACCAGAUACCUGGAAUAUGCUUUUGCUUGACUCUUUGAUGAGACCUCCCUCUAAUGUACAUUUGCCAGGGUGAAGCGUAAUACUAUUUUUGGGGGGCA